AUUAAAAAAUGAUCGUUUAGCAUUAAUGAAAUGAUACUCAGACCGCUCCGCCCUCUGUGACCAGAGUUCCGCUGUCGGUACCAGAUCUGCUCGGGGUGCUGCGCCUCCAAAUUACGUCACAGUAGAUGUUUGGCUGAACUUAGGACUUAUGGCAAUGAUGAUUUUGAUUGGUCAGAACGAAGUAACAGUUGUAGUCCUGUAGUCCAAAAACCAACUCUUUUGAGAGAAAAUAUGUUUAAAUUUCUAAAGGAAAUGUAAAAUAAAAGCAGCAAUAUCAACUGAUAUACGGUGACCCUCAAAAGCUCUCGAUUUUGAUGAAAUGGGGCAAAAUAAAAUAUGAGAACUUUAUUGAAAAGUCACCAAGCAACAUUUUGAGUGAAUGAGUGAAUACCAACUAAGGAAAUAUACAGACGAAUUCCACAUUAAUACAAACAGAUAUGGCUUCACAAAUAAGAACUGUUGCCUUUUUUUUUGGCAGUCUGAUGUUGAUUUUAUGUAGUUUCACAUUCUUUUCAAAACAAAUAUGAAAUGGUGUUUUAUUAACAAAAUACAAUUAUAAAGGAAAUAUUUAGGUGGUAACAAACAAGAGUUCUUAACAAAACUGCUGAUGUCUUUCUAAAACUUGAGUGUGAAAGCCGAGUGGAAAGCCAUAAUGUGAUGUCUUCAGCAGGCACAGGACCCCGAGCUGAUCUGGUACCAACACCUCAUUUGCAAGUUGAGAGUUGUUUUGUCGCUCCCUGCUGGUGGCGGGAGCUGACAUGGUGGAGCUGGAGUUUGCUUCCAGCACGUUUCCUACAUGUUUAAGAUCAUGCACACAGCAGAUUUGUUUGAUUUAGAGAUGGAUUGCUCUUCUAGAAACUAAUAGAAUAGAAUAAACUUUAUUGAUCCUACAGUGGGGAAAUUCACUUGUUACAGCAGCACCUACACUUAGAGAAUAAUUUGAUAAAAAAUAGUAAUGAAGGCUGUGGAGGCAUUUCAGCAGUUAGAUUAAGGUGUUAAAAAGAGGAACACUGCGAGGAAACAUGUUUCAUUUUCUGUUUAACCUCAGUGAAUUCAUAAUAGACACUAGGGGGUGCUAAAGGCAAGCAAAACUGCCUAGUAUUCCUUUAAAAAAAUCAUAGUUAAAAGAAACAAAUUGUUGCUGAAGAGAAACAUUAAAGGCCAACCCAGACCUUGAAGAUCAAUAAUUGUAAUUUCAAGAACAGCAGGUUUUAUUAGCAUGAUAUUUAAAGAUACAGAACUAAAAUACCAUACUUUUAAUGAGCAAAUGUCUUACAUUUAAAACAUAAAAACAGCCAUAAAUACGUUGUAGAGAGCUGAUGAAGCGUGACGUUGCGAGGAUCUAUAAAAACAUACAAACCAAGAAGAUGGAUUGAUGGGUGGGUGCAGACGCGUGGCAUGUUAAAGGAUAGAGGUUAUAAUGCCAUCUACGUAUACUGUAAAUACUACCUGACAGACCCAGGUCCAACCUCACUUGGCUUAUUCACUUUUUUUAACUGAACAUCUAAAAGCUAAUCAAUUCCAGCCCAGACAGAUCCUUAACAAGAUUAUCUGAAAUCGCCUUGGGGUUUUAGCUCAGCAAACACUCACCUCUGAUCAUGAAUUGUAAUAUAUAAAGGCAGGAGAAGACGUUAAUAAUUGAUGCUUUUACAAAACACAUGAUAGGGAGGCAGCUGCAGUGAGAUGGACGAUUGAUGUUUGCUACAAACGUAAGAAAUUAGUAUUGACUGAAGCUUAAUGGGAUAUUAUUUUUUAGUUUAUGUUUCUCAUCUUGGAUACUCUAUAUGCUUUGGUUCCGUUGAAUAGAAUGGUCUGGGUCGAAGCAGAUCAUCAUGGACCAGUGUGGACCAUUAAGGGUCAGCAAUUUCAGGAAAGCAUUUUGAUUGCCAGUUGGACACUUGGAAGGCGGGGUUAAACUCAAAUGCAUAGCAUCUUGUAUGAGGCUAUUGUCCAUGAUAGUAAAGAAUGUUAGUAGUUCUGAGGCUGAUCAAAUAUUGCCAUUCUGGCAUCUUCUCACGUAGUUGUACAAAUAAUGGUACAAACAAGAACACUCUGGUGUUUAUUUUGCUUGUCACAAGCAGUGACGUUUUUCUGUACCCCAAUUAUUGUAAUGUGUUGUGUGACACCGGCUGCACUGCCCUAACCAGAUCACUGAUGCACUGAAGGGGGCCAUGAACGAUAUGGUCAGUGUCCCGACCUGCUCUGAUCCAAAUCACUCCAACCCUUCCCAGGCCCAUCAAUAGAACAAAUUUUAUAAAGGUCUUAUUCUUCUUUCUUCCUCAUCUUCAUUCUUCUUCUUAUUCUUAUUCAGGCUUACUCAGAGUUUCAAGUCUGACUAAAAGUCAAUAAAAUUAUUGGGUUUAGGAUGGAUAGUGGUCCAUUAGCUUUGGCUUAUGUAGUUUCUCAGUUAUUCUUGCUCAAAGAUACUUUUUCUGAUAUACUUAAAAAUGUAAAUUCAGUUUCUACAAAUAUGAUGGUUUAGUGCAGUUGUUCCAAACUUUUUUACACGAGGAUUCCCUUGCCCAUGUCCAAGACAAGCCAGGACCCCCAACCCCACAAAAACACACAUUAAAUGGGAUAAUUUAUUAACUUUACACAGACAUAUAGAGUUAUAACUUUUAUUUGGGUUGCUGAUUAGACUGUAAGGUGUGUCUUGGGGUCUUGUCCACAAGUGAGGGAAAGAUGAAGUGCAAGAUCUAUAGGUGGAUUGGUGCUGCGUCUGCAGGGAUACAGGCAUUGUACCGAUCUGUCAUGGUGAGGAGAGAGCUGAGCCAGAAGGCAAUCUCGAUUUACCAGUUGAUCUACAUUCCUACCCUCACCUGUGGUCACGAGCUUUGGGUAGUGGCUGAAACAAUGAGAUCGCUGAUACAAGCAGCCAAAAUUAGUUUUCUCCGCAGGGUGUGUGGGUUCUCCCUUAGAGACAGGGUGAGAAGCUUGGUCAUCCAAGUGAAGCUCGGAGUAGAUCCGCUGCUCCUCCACAUUGAGAGGAGCCAGUUGAGGUGACUCGGGCAUCUGGUCAGAAUGCCUCCCGGAUGCCUCCCUGGUGAGGUUUUCUGGGCACAUCCAAUAGGGAGGAGACCUAAAGGGAAACCCAGGACACGGUGGAGGGACUAUGUGUCUCGGCUGGCCAGGGGACACCUUGGAAUUCACCCAGAUGGAGCUGGCCCACGUGACUGGGGUGAGGGCAGUCUGGGCCUCCUUGUUUAAGCUGCUGCUCUCGCGACCCGAUUCCGGAUUAGCAGCCAAAGAUGGAUGGAUGGAUGGAUGGAUGGAUGGAGGGUGUGUUAUUGAGAUUUAUUAAUGUAAUUUUUACAAAUAAGUUCUCGCUAACCUCACAACCUCAGCACAGAGAGGGACCCCAGUUUGGGAACCACUAGCAGGAAUUCUGAUCUUCCAUUUUAUCAGAACUCUACGGCUAGGAAGAAGAGCAGCAAAUGGUAAUACACAACUUUUCAAAGGGGGGAAAUUAGUGUUAUUCUUUCCUAAUGGGCCAAAGAAAUGCACUAAUGGGUUGGUUUCUAUGUGGUUUUCAGCCAUUUAACAACAUGGAACUGUGGUUGCAAAGUUUUUUGCCCUUUCAGUGAAAACAUGUGACUCUAAUUGGGGAUUGCUGACAUUUUGCAUCAGUAAAAUGUCACUUUUUGAUAUAUUUAUAAAGAAGCAGUGUUGUUUUUAGCUUUCUAACCAAACAUCUGGGCUAUUGCUAAGGAGUUUGUUUAGGUCAAAGAGUUUUGCUGCUCAUUAAUUCUCCAUGUUAGCUAUUAAAACAAAGGUUCUUCAUGUAAAAGUUUGUAGGGGAGUAAUUAUAAGAAAACAUUGAUCCGUGUGUAACUCUCAAGAAGAUUUGGGGGUCUCAUAGGUCAUUUGAAGACUGAAUACGUAUCAUGUUUUAUCUUUGCUGCAUCCCUCUGGGAUUCCUUCACCACUGCCUGCUGUUGGAUGAGAGCUUACUUCCCAAAUGAAACCCGAGCUUUCCGAUUCAAAGUGCCCUCUACCAUCUCAUCGAGGAUUGGUUGAUUUUGCAUUUUAUCACUGUCUCUCAGCUCCAGAAAUCCAACCCAGUCCCCUCCCUAAAGCGCAAAGGGGAAACCAGACCCUGUCUUGCCCUGUCUGUUGUGCAUUGAGUUUGGCUGAACUGCUCUGCUACCUUUUUAGUACUUUAGCUGUAAAAACACAUCCAGCUGAAUCAGAGCUUAGCUUAGAUAUAGCUUUUGGGGGGAAAUGGGAGCUCCAGAGGAGGAAGAACCACGUCCGCCCUCCGACAUCACCGUGUUUGGGGCCAACUGUACUCUUCAUGGCCUGAGUCACAUCUUUUUGCCUGGUGGAGUGACAAUACGGCGCUUGCUUUGGGCUGCUGCAUUCUGCUCCUCGCUGUCCAUCUUCCUCCUCCAAGUGGCCGACCGUGUGAUUGAGUAUUACCAGUACCCCUAUAACACCAUCCUGGAUGAAAUGGACAGUCCCGUCAUGUAUUUCCCAGCAAUAUCCCUUUGUAAUUACAACAGUUUUCGAAAGUCUCAGGUCAGUAGGAGUGACAUCUUCUGGAUGGGCGCGAUGCUCGGUGUGGAAAAGGAUGACAUUGAUGAUUUCAUGGCUGCUUUAGGACAAGACACAGAUGGCAGCAAACUUCCCAGCAAGUCCUUCAACAUGUUAGAGUUUGUGCAAAGGACGAGCCACAACAUAGAAGAAAUGUUGCUGGACUGCAAAUACAGAGGCAAGGACUGUGGUCCGGAGAACUUCACCACAAUUUACACGCGUUACGGGAAAUGCUACACCUUCAACUCAGGGCUGGACGGCAACCCGUUGCUGACUACGUUAAAAGGCGGCACAGGGAACGGCUUGGAGAUCAUGUUGGACAUCCAGCAGGACGAAUAUCUGCCAGUUUGGGGGGAAACAGAUGAGACAUCCUACGAAGCAGGCAUCAAGGUUCAGAUCCACAGCCAGGACGAGCCGCCCUUCAUUGACCAGCUGGGAUUUGGUGUGGCUCCUGGUUUUCAAACUUUUGUGUCAUGUCAGCAGCAACUGCUUCAGUACCUCCCACCGCCUUGGGGAGAUUGCAAGUCCACUCCGAUAGACUCUGAAUUCUUCUCCACGUACAGCAUCACUGCGUGCCGCAUUGACUGUGAAACUCGCUACCUGCUGGAGAACUGCAACUGCAGGAUGGUUCACAUGCCGGGGACUUCAACAGUUUGCACACCUGAGCAGUAUAAAGAGUGCGCUGACCCAGCUCUAGACUUUUUGGUAGAGAAAGACAACGAUUACUGUGUGUGUCAGACCCCCUGCAACAUGACUCGCUAUGGCAAGGAGCUGUCCAUGGUUAAGAUCCCCAGUAAGGCAUCUGCUAAGUAUCUGGCUAAGAAAUUCAACAAAACAGAGCAAUAUAUUGGAGAUAAUAUAUUGGUGUUGGACAUCUUCUUUGAAGCUCUGAAUUAUGAGAAAAUCGAGCAGAAGAAGGCCUAUGAGAUUGCAGGGCUUCUCGGUGACAUUGGAGGCCAGAUGGGGCUGUUCAUUGGAGCCAGUGUUCUGACAAUACUAGAAAUAUUUGACUACCUAUAUGAGGUGUUUAAGGAUAAGGUUCUGGGUUACUUCAUGCGCAAGAAACGACCGCAGCGUUGUCAGAGCGACAAUCUGGAGUUUCCAGAGAACCCAACCAGCCCUGGUGUCACGCCUAAUCAUGCCCCCAGAGCACCUGUGAUACCCUCCGGAGUCACUCGGAUAGCCUCGGAUUCACGCCGAACAUCUUACCUCGUCACCCGACUUUAGGCAACUUCGAGGAGUUUGCAUGUUGACAACAUAAUGCAGGGUUUGGAGCUCAUCUGGAGACUUGACGGCAAACUGUGAAACAAUUUGUGUAUUUUUUUUAAAAGGGUUGAGUUUAGGCUCCGAAUAAGUACGGCUUAACAAUGCCUGAAUAGAAAUAGAAUACUGUCGUUAAACAACAAAAAGAGAGACCACUUCCCAAACAAAACUCAGGUUAAACUGCCAUGUCAAAGGCAUCAAUGUUGAUUUUAUUUAUGCUUUCUUUUAGAUUUGUUUUCUGUGCAGUAACUUUAGAGCCAACAAUCGGAUAAAUGUGUCCAAUAAAAUGGUCUCUGAACUGUG